UACGCGCGGUGGCUGCCAGCGGAGGUGUCAGCCAAGACGAAAGAAGGGCGGAAGGAGGCUGCCGGGUCCAUCCUCACGGUUACACAUUUAUUUUGCCCAGAAUGCGCCCAUAGUCUGUCGACAUUUAUAUUUUGGAAAGUGCGGAUUAAAAACGUAAAGAAGCUUCUUUUUUCUGGAAGGAUUUUACUGUUUUUCUCGUGGGGAAAAAAAAUGAUUGCAUUGCUGACUGUGACGCUCCUGACCAAAUGCGUUCUGUCAUUGCCGGUGACUCCAAGUGUGCUGGAGAAUGACGACGACGUCAAGGUGAUGAAAUGCGUCGUGGAGGCGCUGGCUGACGUGCUGGCCAGGCCACGCCCCCUACCUGUCAGCCAGAAAUGUCUGCAGACGUUGAGGACAGACGAGCGCCUGCUUUCGCUCCUUCGCCAUUACGACUUCCUCAAGGAGCUGCAGGACAUCGCCACCCUGGGUGGCAAAGAGGGAGCCCGGCCACAAGGGGGCGCCAUUGCACCUGAUCACGUGAAGCAAGCUCCUCUGAGUUCAGAAGGAGACAUCCCAGAUCGAUCCAUGCUGGACGCUUUGGGAGGACCUGGCGAGCGGUCCACCCUGUACCAGAAGAGCAGGACGAGCGGUGAGGAGGAGGAGGAGGAGGAGGAGCAGAAAAAAGCAUCAGGAUCUGAAGAAAAGACGGCCACGGAGUUUCACGCUGAAGAUGAAGAGGAGGACAAGAGAUCUGCCGUCUUCUCACAGCGCUCCCGGGAGGACGAGAGUGAAGAGGAGGAGAACGAGGACGAGAUGAAGAGGAGCAGGAAGAAAUCAUUGGGCGCAGGCGAGGAAGAGCAGAAGGAACCCCAUCACUCCAAGGAGGCGGCGGAGGAAGAGGAGGUGACAAAGAGGAAGGAGAAACUGAAGGAGGAGAGGACUCCAGAGGAGAAGGAGCUGCAGAUGAUGGCUCGAAGGGGACCAGAGGAAGAGGGCAGCGCUGGACGGAAGACUGAGCAGGAUGCUGAGGUUGAAGGCCUCUCCGCCAUCGAGUCAGAGCUGGAAGACGUGGCUCAGAAGCUCCACGAGCUACGACGAGGCUGAGACGCGGCAACGUUCUCCAACGCUCCCCUGGUCGUCGUCGUCGUCUUCUUCCCGAAGGUAGAGAGCGCUCGUCCGUGUGAGCGCACAUCGCCACCUACAGCCUCUCCUGUCACACUGAGCCUCACACUGUUGACCUCAUUUCCUUUGUCACUCAUCUCGUGUGUUUGAAUGGAUGUAUGACGGAUGUACAGAGAACAUUUUCUAUCCAUUUUAAAGGCACUGACUGAAAAACUGUAAUCAUUUGAGCGCCUGUGAACUCCAAUCAGUUCUUGCGUCAAAGCGAUUUAAUGCAAUAAAAUCAACUUGCUUUCAACACGUUGACGCUGUCUGUUUGAAUGGAGGUUGUUGGCAGUUAAAAAUACAAAAUAAAUACACAAAAUAACAGAAGAAUGACAGAACACACUGUAUUUUUGAUCACUUAUAACAGUUUAAUUAGCUGUUAAAGACAUGCUCUACAUUUCCAUCCCAGCUUCUGGCUGAAGCAAAGCAAAUUUUGAAGUCUUGUUUGUCAAAGUCAUGUUACUUGAGGCAGAGAUGUGUGUGGGUUCUUUUGAGUGGAGCGUCCCGUCCAUCCCUCAGCAGCUGGUGGCCAUGCCGGUGAUGAUGGACAGGAAGGUGCCGGUAGCAAAGCUGGGGUUGAGCAGGAGCUGCUCCAGCAUCUCUCUGCCUUUCUCUCUGUUGGUCACGGAACACAUGGCGCUACGCCAGACGCGCACCAGGGUCCCACCUGUCAACACAACCUCCUACGUGUCAGUGCUCGUAUUUACAAUACAGUACUUGCAUUACUCCUUUAAUGUCAGUAAAUCUGCUGUAAAAUGGCACAGAAACACUUGUAUCCUCAAAUAAUGUCCCCCGCUCAAUAAGACUCCAUGUCCUAAAUAAGCCCCCCCACCAACACAAGCCUCCAUCCUCCACUAGAUGGCAGUAUUUGCCUUUACUGUGAUAGACAGCUUUAAUAUUUUCUUCCAUGUGUAGUAGCAGUCGUGAUGCCUUUUAAUGAAAACAUUUAUUGAUAUAUAUGUAAUAAUGUUGACAGAAUGUUUUGCAGUAUAUUGGUUUCUGCUGCUUUUCUUCAAUGAUGUAACUUCCAGCAUGUUUUUUGACUUUUGUUGUUGUAUUUGUGUUAUUAUUAUUAUUACUGAGUAGAAAUGUACAUAAGUAGUGCAGAGAAUGUAAUGUGUUUAUUAGAACAUAAGAGAAUGAAUGUCUUAUAGUAAUAAUUACAUAUAAUAUGGUUUGAGGGUUUUUUGUUCGCACAAAUAAGAAUAGUCACUGUGUUGUCAUUAUUUUCAGAACGUACACGAGAAAUGUUCAUGCAUUUACUCUGGCCAGUCCAUUGAUAUAACACUUCUAAAAUGUAUAAAAUAUAUGCAAUGUUCAAAUCUAUGUAAAAAAAAUACAUA